AUGAGCGAAACCGGGAAUAAGAAGCGCCUCCCCUUCAAGCCCACGGCUCUUAGGAAGGCCGCCUCGCCAGAGCCGACGGAGAAGGCUGGUGGCGAGGAUGACGAUCUCGCGCUCUUCAAGCGGUCGCGCGAGAUGCGGUCUGUGGUAGCAAAGGAGGCGGAGCGCCGCGCGCAAAGGGAAAAAGCGGAACGUGAUAUGCGACGGCGGCGUCGACCGGAAACAGACGAGGAGGAUGCGGAUCAAGGGUCCGAUCCUGACGUGCGGUCUCCGGGCUCAUCGCAGAAGAAGCGGAGGACUUCUGGGGUAUCGGAGCGGGAUGAAAAGCUAACUAUACAUUCGCCCUCCCCAGGCGCGAGGCAAUUCCAGCGUAACCCGAGCGGAGUAUCCCAAGUUGCGACCGACGUCUCCUCGGGCUCCUUUACGAUGAGCGGGGAGGUCCUGAGCGCGCCGAGUACACAAGCGAUUCCCGAUAUCCUACCAGCGGGCGCGAGCGCGAGCCCCACAGGCCCCUUAACCUCUACAACGAGGAUCCUUCCUGAUAAAAAUGACGACGACGACGAUCUCGUGAUAUUGAGUUCUUCUCCUCAACGCCCCACCAAGGUGGAAGAGGAGGACCUGUCUAUAACCGGGGACCACGUGCAGUCGUCGUUCCAUGACGAGGAGGACGACCCUGAGCUGCAAAAAUACGUUCAGGAUGCGCAGGAGCGCAAGCGCCGACUCGAGGAAGAGCAGCAGCUGGAGCAGGCGGGCAUCAAAAAGAACUUUACGGUCGAGGUCAUAUCCACCAUACCAAACACACACUUGGCGGGGCCCUGCUUGUUUAAGCAUUUUGCCGACGACCCCCUCAAGCAGCGACGUGUUCCUCACGUGGCGGGGAACCGCCUCUACAACACCACGACCCUGCAAGGGCUCAACAUCUCGGUGCUGGGCAACAACCUUCUCUACUCUCCCAAGGGGAACCGCGAAGGGUUCAGCGACGACCGGAAACGGGUCGUGCUGGAGGCCUGGACGGAGGAGCUGUUUGACGAGCACCAGCAGGAGAAGGAGCGCGAGCGCCAGCGGCUCCUCGGGGAGCUCGACGACGAAGAGGAGGACGCCGCCCCUGCGCCGGAGCCGGAAGAGCGGAUCAAGGUGACGAUGAGGCCGAAGCAGGGCGAGUCUGUCAAGGUGUCUGUGACGGCUUCGUCGUCGGUGUCGGCGUUGAUAGAGAAGUUUAGGGCCAAGAGGCACAUACCAGUCGAGGUCAAGAUCUCUAUUCACUUUGACGGCGAGACUUUAGGGGAACAGAUGACCUUGGAGGAUGCUGAUAUUGGUGAUGAAGACCAGGUGGAAGUGCACAUGGGAUGA